AUGCUCGCUCACAUGCUGCCAGCCGUCUUCCUCCUCGCUCAUGGUACCCUUGGGCAGGUCUCGCCUCAACCCACACGCGGCGCAACUCAGAGCCUCUACGGGCAGUGCGGCGGCGCAAAUUGGGAAUAUGCAACAGCUUGUGCCCCUGGCUCGACAUGCUACAACGACGGAAACCCUUGGUACUCCCAAUGUGUAGCCUACGAGCACCUGCCCCCCGACCACCCUCUCUACCCCGGAAAUGGGGGAACCAGCCGUCCGACCAAGACGACCGCUGUCACAGUGACGACGACGUCCAAGACCAGCUCGACGUCCAAGGUCUCGACGCCGACGCGGACAACCUCGACCGCCUUCUUUACCACAACCAAGCCCGCCACGACAAAGCCCGCCACAUCGUCUAAGACGACGCCCAAGACGUCGUCGACAACAACGUCUACUUCGAAGACGCAGGCGACGACCACCUUGAAGCCACGCACGACGACGACGAGCACGACAACCACCACGAAACCACCCCCCGAAGUCACGACACCGGCACCGCCGCCCGUAGGCGGAGGACCCAUCACGCUGACGCCGAGCACGAUCCGCGGACCAACACGAACAAUCGCCUGGCCCUGA